AUGAUAAUUUUCAUUUUAUUCACAGCUAUACUAUGUUAUAGACCAAUUCCUCAGAACUAGUACAUCAUUUUGUCAACUUCAAAAUUUUGGUUCAAUUACAGACAAGCUAUUAAUUCUCUAAUGAUCUAUCAAUAAUUGAAAGAAUGGAGAAUAAAUGAUGAUCAAAUUUCUUUAAUGAUUCCUGAAGAUACAGCUUGUAAUAGGAAGAAUAAUGUGCCUGGAGUGGCUUGUGCAUAUGAUGGAUAAAGAGAGCCAAAUUUGCAUAAGAAUGUAAAUUUGGACUUUAAGAGAAAUGAUGUUAAUAUUAAAUAUUGGAUAGAUGUUAUGCGUAAUAAAUAUAAUAGAUAUACUCCAUAAUCAAGAAGAUUAACUUUAUCAAAAGAGCAAAAACUAUUGAUGUUUAUGAAUGGGCAUGGUGGAGAUGGAUACACUAAAAUGUAGGACACAACAUAUUUAUUGGAUUUUGAGAUGGAAAAAAUCACAAAAGAAAUGGAAUUCUUGUAACUUUAUUAAGAAGCCUUUUUGAUAUCUGACUCAUGUGGGGCGAUCACUUUAUUUGAAACUGUUAAAGCCCAGAAUAUGAUAUUAUUAGGAUCAAGUUCUUUAGGAGAGAAGGCAUAUUCUCAUGGACGAUGCUCGAUUUUAUCUAUUUCUAAAACAGAUAAAUUUUCAUUAACUACUCAUUAUUGGUUAAAAGAUGAAUUAGACAAGAAACCAAAAUUAACUCUACUUGAUUAGAUGAAAAAAUAUAAUUAUGAUUAUCAUAAAGCCAACUCAAAACUGAUUAUUAAUAUGGAAAAUAAAUAGGCUUAGGAUAUUAAAGCUGCUGAUUUUUGA